GUGGUUAUCAGACGGAGAGCGUCAUGACGUAGGACAGACGUAGACGCACGUCCACACAUCAGUUUCUCACUGGAUGUUUAUUGUUUGAGGCAGGGCAGCAGUCAACAGCAGGUAGAAUGUUGCGGCUUCGCUGUAAAACCAAAAAUGGGAGCCACAUAAUGCAGGGCUUGACUCAUCAGUCCUGUGUGCAAGAGCUGAAGAGUAAGGUGGAGGAGCUGACUGGUAUCCCCUGUGAUGUGCAGAAGAUUAUGGUUGGUUAUCCACCCUCCAGCCUUGAUCUUCAAAAUGGAGAUGCUCACCUCAAGGACUACCCCAUCAAAUCAGGAGACACACUCAUUGUUGAGGAAGAAAAGAACAAGCCAAAGCCUCCUCAGGAUCAUCCCACUGUGACUAAAGCACCACGACUGGAAGCCUCGCCCACGCUGGCACGUCGAGUGGUCCCAGCUGACAACUCCUGCCUCUUCACCAGUGUGUAUUAUGUGGUGGAAGGUGGUGUAUAUGACCCUGCUUGUGCCCCGGAGAUGCGAAGCCUCAUCGCCCAGAUUGUGUCAAGUGACCCCGCAGCUUACUCUGAGGCGGUGCUGGGGAAGACCAACGAGGAGUACUGCACUUGGAUAAGACGUGACGACACCUGGGGGGGAGCCAUCGAGGUGUCCAUCCUGUCCAAGUUUUACCAGUGUGAGAUCUGUGUGGUGGACACUCAGACAGUCCGAGUGGACCGAUUUGGGGAGGAUGCCGGCUACCACAAACGUGUGCUGCUCAUCUACGAUGGCAUCCACUACGACCCACUGCAGAAAGAAACGCCCGGCUCUGACGCUCCGCCCCUGACUAUCUUCUCCACCACUGACGACGUAAUCCUGGCCCUGGCCCUCGAGCUGGCAGACGAGGCUCGCCGCAAGCGGCAGUUCACGGACGUUAACCGCUUUGCGUUGCGCUGCAUGGUGUGCCAGACAGGCCUGGUGGGACAAAAGGAAGCUCGUGAGCAUGCCAAGGAGACAGGCCACACCAAUUUUGGCGAAGUGUGAACACUAUUUUGUCUUUUCUCACUCUCACAAAUACAAAAUCCACCAACCCCGUGCCCCAAUGUCUGGCAACUCUGUUGGUCUAUCUGUAAAUCUGCUUGUGUGAUCCUCUACCUCACAUUGUCCAGCGACAUCUAUGGAGAAUCUGCAGACACUGUGUCCAGCCUCUAACCUGUUCAGUAUUACUUUUAUAAACUGCUGUCAGUUCUCAAAGUCAGAAACGUUACUGCAGUGCUCCGAUGUCUUUAAACCAUCAUUUUAGUCUGUUAGGGAUGGUUUUAAAUCUGUUUAACUGGGUCAAGUAAAAUAUGCAAACCAUUCUUAGGAUUUGUUCAAUCCCUUUCAAUUACUCGAUGGCUGGGUUGUAGUGAUAACAAACCAAAUAGUGUUGUUGAUUCGAAGAUGCACCAAAUUGCCAAUACUUACCUGUGACUGACUAAACUUUGACUUUGAUAUGUGAUCAAACCUGGCUAUCUGGCUCUAGAAAGAGUUUAAAACAACCACUAAGAAUCAUUUGCACUGUGACGUGAUCCUAUUCACUGUUGUCUUAAGCGCAGCACAAAAAGUAUGACUGUUAUUCAUCAUGUUGGUUACGUAGCAUGUUUUUUAUUUCCCUUUAGCGAGCAGAGGCCGUUGAGAUUGAGGUUAUGCAUUUUGAAAUCAUGUUGUGAUCCAAAACGAGACGAAUUACUUAUGUGUGACUAUUGUCAUCUUCCCCCCCCCCCUUUUUUUGAUGUUGCAAGAUGGUUUAUCAGUGAUGGUAUUUUAGAUUAGACAAACAAUUAAUGGUGCUGAAAGAAAAAAACCUUUCACAAGAUCUGUAGCUCUGUUGUUCUUCGUGGGUACGACAGUAUUUCAGGAGUGUAAUUUUUAAUUCUAGUGUGUAACUUUCAAAUGUCGUCAUGCUGAAAUCUUUUUAAAAAUAGUUUGUUUCAUAUUGUUGCAUAUUUUCUUUUAAACACUAAGAGCGACGGGGUGUUUUGAGCGGUGUAUUUCAGAUCACAACUCGUGAGAGGGUGCCGUGACUAGAGAUCUGAAGUGUAAGAUGUUGUACGAGAAAUCUUGCUCACUCAAUGCAUUUACAGUUCAGGUACAGUUUGUCCUUAAAUUAUGUGCUUUAGCUAAUCAGCAGUAACCAUUUAUCUUGGCAAUUUGAAUUUUUCCUCUCACAUUUGCAGCCCUAAAGUAUCCCUAGUCACGGUGUUUGAAAACCUAAUGAGUAAAAGUCUAUUUUGGUUAAAUAUGUAGUGCAUGUUGUCCAAAAAGCGUCAUUCUGUUCCACUGUAUGUUUCACACAACUGGAGCAUCGUCAGCUGAAGGCCGGCAUCAUCUCUUUGCUACUCCGCACUGCCUAGGAUGAAGGAUGCACUUGUUUGUUUUAAACCACAGCUCAAAACUUUUAAAUUGGAGGCUAUGAAGAUAUUUGUUUUUCGUUGAGGCGCAGUUUAUUGUGGCCUCAUGUUGUGCAGAACCAGGGUUUCUACUUCACAUGUCUGUGAUGGCAAUAUUGGUACCGAGUUGUUUGACAGUGUAUGACUUGAUUGGAGUUUUCUUUUAGAUUUCUCGUGUUUGAAAUUAACAAAAGGCCAAGUUUACUUGUCAAAUUAUUUCUUUGUUUGAUUGUGAAUUACUAUGAUUUUCUCCCCCUCAUCUGUUACUUUUUAUAUAGUUUCUUUUAACAGGGAUUAAGGAUUUGUCGGCCUGCAUAAAGUUGAAACUAUGAAAUGGCUUUGUUGUGUUUACCAAGUUCCCAUGACUCUUCAAGGACAAUAACAAUGAAUGUUGCACACAAAGCACUACAGAAUAACUGGAUUUACUUGAUUUUUUUCAGUGUUGUGUCACAAUUAAAAGUUAUAUCCGACG